AUGAAGGUCAGCGUUCCUAAAGUAAAGAACAGCUUUGAUAAAAGAUUUAUGGUAAAAGCACCUCAAUCUUCACUGUUUUUGCAAAUAAAUAAAUCCUUGAAUAAAAGUAGAAUGUCACCAGAUAAAAUAGACUACCAUAAAUAGGGCAAAGCUGACAUUGUGAAGUCAGAUGAUAUCAAUGAGAGUGAGGUCUCUAAGAAGAUUCAAAGUUAACUAGAUAAGAUAGGUAUGGCUAGUCCUAUAAAGAUAUAUGAAAAGUUUAUCAACGAUUUUUAAACAGAUGCUCAUGCUAAGGAUGAAAACGACGUUUAAAAAAGAGUAGAAAUGAAACUCAGGAUGAAGAGUAAUCUUUUAUUAUACGAGAGAAAACUCUAUCCCAAGAACAAAAUGUUUCUAGCUGAUUCUAGUUAUUAAGAGAGAAAUGCCAUGACUAGCCAUUCAAAGUAUGAAAAAUCAGAGUCAAUCAGAGAAAUAGAAAAGCAGUAUACUUUAUAGUAACAAUAAAUUAAGGAUAAAGGGGAAAUGAGUUUAUUGGCUUCUCCAGAUAAUGAUAAUAGCUUGGAAUUCAGACAAACUACUACCAAUCGUACGACUGAUUAUUUAAAUACUGACAGCAGAUCUGUAUAAUCUAAGAAGAGGUUUAGUAAAAUCAUGGAUAGUGGGAGAGUCUCGUUUGCUUUCGUGAAUAAGUCUCAUAAUUUUUAUCAAGAUCAAUCAAGUCAAGAAAAGGAUACUGAUUUUACUAGCAGAGUACAGACUUAGUAAAACUAUUUAAAGAGAAAGAAUAUUAUCGGUGGUUUUAAAAACUCAGCAACCGAAGAUGCAUUGUUGUCGACUUAAGGAGACGUAAUUAGUAUAGUUGAGGAGAGAGGCCAGCACAUAGUAGAAUACCAAAAUGAUAUAGAGGACUAUAAUGAAACAAAUGAUGAAAAUGAAAGGGAAACAAGGCAGAUUCAUUUCAUGGAGAAAAACAGGCUUAAGCAAAAAAUUCUUAAUGAUUUAAAAAAUGAGAAUAAAAGAGAUUCAUUUCUGAUGACUGAUGAUUAAGUCUAGGAAAGUUAGAGUAAGUAUUCAAGUUUCAGAAAUCAAAGACUAAAUAAAAGUCAAGAGGGCUUUAGAAUAAGCCACUUUAGAAAUCUCAUUAAUGAUAGAAGGAACAAUGAAUCUGUCUUAUCAGGAGUCUCCACAUCACACUAAGCUACUCGUAGAAGGAGAAUAGACAUUAGUGACAAAAAGCAUCAGGAAUCUAUCUAUGAUAAUUAGGGUAACAAAAGAUCCUAAAUAGCAAUUAAGAAUUUCAAUCAAACAAAUCUAAGAAAGCUUGAGAAAUCCAAGUUAAGUAUGGUAAAGGCUUUAAAGAGUUAUGACUAGGAAAAAGAUGAUGAAAGGAAUCUCACUGACUUAAUGGAGCUCAGGAGAAUAGAAAAGAAUUGUAAUAGAGAUAACUUCUUUUCUGAAACAGUACUAAAGCAAUUUAAAGAUGACAAUACCAAGAUGGCUUCAUUUAUUAAGCAAUGUGCUGGGUUUACCAAGUAAAAAAUUUGGAAACCAGACAAACUCAUUAUUUCUAAAAAGUCGUAGAUCGACCAAUCUGGUUUUAAAUGA